UGUGCAAGAUGUCAUAAUUCGACAACAUGCUACGAACAAUAUCUCUGGUGCUACUCGCGUUUGGUUGUAUCUUGCCGUCCAGUAUGGCAAAUCAAUGUUGGAAUGGAAACAUUGUACGCGACUGUUUAAUUUACGGCAAACAAACAACAACUUGUUAUGAAUUCAUGUUACGUGAACUUUACGACGACGAUAGAUUCAAGAAGAGUAUGCUUGAAAUAACAGACUCCUGGGUCAACGUUUGUGUUCCUUGUACAGAAGCAAUACUACAAAUUUCAGGGACUCGGGUUGAAUGUCCAGUGGAUGGCGAUUUCGAGCAAGAUGAAAAACUCGAGAUAUACAACGUCUUAGUUUUUGUUUACAUUAUCAAGAGCAGCCACGCGGAUGCGACGAUAUCGUUUGACGUUAUUAGACAUGGAAAGCCAGACAUCACGUCCGUCCGCAUAAAAGGGCCCUCGAAUGGCGUACAUCCGGUGGGUCCGUUUUAUGUUGAGCCGCCGCUCUCGCGACUACUACUGAAAUGGAUACGGUGUGUGGAUGACAUGGGACACGACUGCGACGUCAAGUUCGCCAAGAGAAGACCAUUUUCCUUCGUCCAUUACAUCCAUAAGAAAUCUCUGGAAUAAUUUUUGAUAUGUAACGAUUUGAAAAAUGGAUUUACGUACAAGGUAUGAUGUGUACCACAGAGAAACAAGCUACGAGAAUAUAAUAUGUUUAAACUA